AUGGCGACUCGGGGCUGUGACGCUGGGUUUGUACUGCGGCUGUCGGUUCCUAGCUCUGUUGGAUGGGGAAAGAUAUUGAAGCAAUUUUGGCUCGGAUUCUAUGCCAGUGUUCCAGAGCGGCAUGCUCCACAGGCAGUCGGCGGCCGGCGAAUCACGGGCUUCUCUGCCUGUGUUUCGGGGGAUUACCAGUUUAGUACCUGGGUGCCGGGGGCCUUCUUCCUCCCGGGGGUGGGCGAAAUUCCGCUGGCGGGCUGGUCCACCGACCGCUUAUACUACGGAAACCUCAAAUUUGAGUUACAAAACAACGCUGGUAUGGCAGCUGCAUUCCUCAGGAGGAGGAAAAAUAAACGAAAACCGCCUUUGCCGUAUACAGCCUCACCGCUGCAGUUGCUGGGGGCCGACAUUCUCCUCGUUCUCAAAAGUCUAUGGAGUCUACCGGGCAUAAUACUCCCACUGAAUCCCUCGACUUUGGAUGAAUUGGACGAAUUGUAUCCAUCAUGGGAGAAUCUGUUUGCCCUUGCGAUGCAUGUUUGUUUGGCUAUGUGUCAGGUUGUUUUCCUGCUGUCUUUGCUGGUUUGCUUCUUUUCCAUGGUACCUGCAUUAUGGAUCUUUCUAUAUGCUGUGGCCUUUGUAUGGGCAAACCGAGCUAUCUGCAGCUGGGUGCUUAAUACUUCGGACGGCAUUUUACAGUCCCAAGUCGCAAUAGAGGAGCGACCGGAGCAUGAACGGGAACACUGGAUAUUCAUCAACGGAGUCGCGGUCGGAAACCAUUGGUUGCAAAAUAACAUUGACCGGCUUGCUUACACCUUUGGCAGGAGAAUAACUGGCGUGCAUAAUCCCACCGACGGGCUGGUAUUUGACAUCAUCGAGUGCCUGAUUCAAAGAACCUUUACCUUUGCGACUCCCGACACGAGGGAUGGGUAUGCCAUUACCAAAGCGACAUUACUGAAUCCCAAAUAUGAGAAAGUGGUCCUCAUUCUCCACAGUCAAGGUGGCAUUGAGGGCAGUCUCAUCAUUGACUGGCUCUUGGACGAGUUACCCGAGGACAUCCUGCGAAAGCUGGAAGUGUAUACUUUUGGCAAUGCUGCCAAUCACUUCAAUAACCCGUUUAAAUCACUUCUGGGCUUGAAACAACCAUCCACCGAUGGGUCGACAAUACCGUAUCAAAAUGCCUCGGGGCAGGCGAACAAGAGCGUUCUUCAUAUAGAGCACUACGUGAAUGCGCUGGAUUUUGUGUGUGUAUGGGGCGUGUUACAAUUUGCCAGCGUCCCGAAUCGUUAUAUGGGGCGAAUCUUUGUGCGGCCGGGCUCUGGUCAUCAAUUAAACCAGCACUACCUCGACGCGAUGUUCACAUUAGGGCCGGACAGGAAAGUCCUUGACACCAAUGAAUUUAUGGAGAUGGGGGCGAAAAGUGUCGCAUAUGAGAAGAUCCGCCCGAAACACGCAAGAUAUGCGAGGGAUGAGGUGCUUAUCACCAGUGGGCGCUCGGUUCGAGAUGAGCACGAAGACAAUAUCCGAGGGCCGUUAAAAGUCAGAGAUAUCAGUCGGCUUUGGCAGUAUCGCAAUGGCGGUUCACCUGCGGAUGAUAUAAAAUAG